AUGAAAGGCAUCACCUCCAUCAAUGCUAUUAUAUGAAUCAGAGAAAAAGGGGAAGAGAAAAAAAAACCUGUUUGUUUGAUGUUCCUUUCUUGUGAUCUGAAGGAAAAGCAAUAGUCCUUCGUCACAAGAUCGUCGCGAUGGGUUCUCUUCCUUCGCCGGCAUUCCCAGACGCGGCGGCGAAACAUAGCCUUGACGAGAGCAGCCACAUUGACGAGAGCGCCCUCACGACGCUGUUCAAGUCCCAGCAGAGCCACCUCAACUUCUUCUUCGAACACAUAGACCACUCCCAAACCCUAGCCUUCACGCGCGCCCUCCUUAACGCCACAGGCACAGUCUUCUUCACUGGUGUCGGCAAGUCCGGCUUCGUCGCCCACAAGAUCUCGCAGACGCUCGUCUCGCUCGGCAUCCGCUCCGCCUUCCUGUCGCCGGUCGACGCGCUCCACGGUGACAUCGGGAUCCUCACCGAACGUGAUGUGCUCGUCCUCCUCAGCAAGUCAGGCGCCACCGAGGAGCUCCUCCACCUGGUGCCUUGCGCGAGGGCGAAGGGCGCACUCCUCAUCGCGCUCACCUCCGUCGAAGGUAACGCGCUGGCCGCGGCGUGCGACAUGGCCGUGCAUUUGCCUCUCCAGAGAGAGCUCUGUCCGUUCAACCUUGCGCCGGUCACAUCCACCGCUAUUCAGAUGGUUUUCGGGGACACCGUGGCCAUCGCGCUCAUGGAGGCCAGGAAUCUCACCAAGGAGGAGUACGCCGCGAACCAUCCCGCCGGCAAGAUCGGGAAGAGUCUCAUCUUCAAGGUGAAGGAUGUGAUGAGGAAACAGGACGACCUUCCGAUUUGCAGAGAAUCGGAUUUGAUUAUGGAUCAGCUUGUGGAACUGACGAGUAAAGGAUGCGGAUGCCUCCUUGUGAUCGAUGACCGGUACCGUCUGAUAGGAACGUUCACCGACGGUGAUCUUCGUCGCACUCUCCGAGCCAGUGGGGAAGCCAUUUUCAAACUCACUGUGGGGAAGAUGUGCAACAGGAAUCCAAGAAUUAUUGGCCCGGAGGCUAUGGCGGUGCAGGCGAUGAAGAAGAUGGAGGCACCUCCGUCGCCUGUUCAGUUUUUACCUGUGAUAAACGAUGAGAAUAUUUUAAUUGGGAUUGUGACCUUGCAUGGUUUGGUUUCUGCUGGCUUGUGAAUUGUGGUUUUUUGUACUAAUAGAUAUAUAAUUGCUUCAUUCUUUUUAGUUUUUACUUCGAUUAGCAUUGAAUCCCACUCAAUUUCAAGUGGGUUUUCUUGUGUACUGUAUCAUCUCUAAUAGGAUUCAGAAGCAUUUGUAUUACCCUUUCUUUUUCUCCUAAAGGACUUUGAUUAUUUUUGGAA